AUGGGCAGUGAUCAAGAUCCGAAAAUUGAGACCGAAUCGGGGAAAGGCAAGACGAAAAAGAAAAAGCACGAGUGCUCCAUAUGCGGGCUGGAGUUUAGUUCGGGACAAGCGUUGGGAGGUCAUAUGAGAAGGCAUAGAAUGACGAAUGCUGGGUGCAGUUCUCCAGUUCCUGCAGCUGCCGCAGUUGCUGGUGCCUCGAAGAUUCCGGGGCUAAUGAGGUCGAAUAGUAAGAGUGUGAUGUUUUUGGACAUGGAUCUCAACCUGACGCCUUUAGAGAAUGACUUAAAGUUGUUGUUUGGGAAUUGGGAAUAUGGCAUGGCACCAAAUGCUGAUACUUCGAUUUCUUGA